AUGGAUGCGAAUUUGGACUUAUCACAAAUCGCUGAUUUACCACACCAAAACAUGGCUAUAGUAUUGCUCACCGAGUUGAUAAAUUUCCAAAAUGGACUCAUUGCAUGUCUUGAGGAAGUGGAUACAUGUUAUUCAACACAACUUACGACAACAGUUAAUAAAAUGCUCGACAAAAUGCAUGAAUAUUCUCGACGUCUUCAUGCACUAAAUCGUGACAUUUUGGAAUUAACGAAACGAGUGCGACUGAUGGUAUCACGAGUGCAAAUAUUAGGAAAGGGAAGCAUGAAACAAUGGUGA